AUGAGCGAAAUACAAAAUGUCAUGAAGAUAGAAGAAUACAACGCUAUUGUAGAAGACUUUAAUAAACUUCCUUCGUUUAGUCGUAAAUGUGAAAAUGAACUAAAGAAAAAAUAUGCACAUUUGUCACCAUUUACACUUGGCAGUAUUAUAUCAUUACUUGUGCAAAGGUCCAUGAAACAUAGUUACAGAAAAUCUCCAUUAAUCUCAAGUAAAUAUCAUGAAUUCUAUGAAGGUCUCAUGAAAGAAAAAAAGAAUGACAAUGUUAUUAUACAACUAUCUGACUGUCAAGGUAUUAGUCCAGCUUUGUUUGCAAGAUCUUUGCUACAAGGUGUAUACUCUGAUUCAACAGUUGCAAAAAAAUAUAUCAAAGACACAACAUUAAUUGAAGACAAAGAUUUGGCAUAUCAAGUAUUUCUGGGUAUCAUGAAUGAUAAUCAGUAUGGUCCCUAUGCAGAUAUAAUAAAGCAAUCGAUAGGUCUAGAAUAUGAGUUACGGUUAGAGAGAGAGCUCCGAUUAAUGAACAUUACAUUUUCGGACGAAAAUGUUCUUAGAUCACGAGGAUAUGACAAAACACCUGAUUUUAAAUUAGAUGUUCCCAUCGCAAUAGAUGGGUUUAUUGUGAAUUGGGUCGAAAGUAAAGCUCUGUUUGGAGAUGAAGAGAAUCACUCUGGAUAUCUAAAAGAACAACUGCUAUGCUAUUGGAACAGAUUUGGACCCGGCUUGGUCAUUUACUGGUUUGGAUAUUUAGAAACUUUAAAUUCUACUCCAGAAGUGAAUAGUAUGUUUAUACUAAGAACUAGUUUUCCAGAUAAAGCAAGUAUUACUCAAUACAAACUGGAUGUAUAG